AUGAAGACCUUCAGCGUGCACAUCUUUGGCGCCGCCGUCAUUGUCUUUUCAGGACGUUCUACAUGCACCAACUUCCUGAAUCAUAGCCAGCUACUUGCCGGAUUCGAAGAUCCUGACUGGUUCGAGCAGAACAUCCCCUUCCUUGAUGUUCCCAACCAGCAGAUCCAAGAUGUCUACUACUAUCGCUGGCAGACUUACAAAGAACACCUCACCUACACCAGUGCUCAGUAUGGCUAUAUGCUCAGCGAGUUUCUCGAACCAGCUAGCUAUGGAGCGCCUUACGGAGGUAUCGUAGCAGCCGCGGGACACCACAUCAUCGAAGGACGUUGGAUAAGAGAUCAGAAAUACGGCAGGGAUGAGGUGAAUUACUGGUUGGCUGGCCCUGGGCAGUUUAGCAAGCCGCAAACCGAUGAAUACAAUCUCGAUACCUCUGACUGGGCACAUGAAUACAGCUUCUGGGCAGCCAGCGCCGUGUGGCGCCAGUAUCUUGUAACUGGAGAUGGCGACUUUGCCAUUAGUCAAUUGGAUAAUCUUGUCAAACAGUACCGGGGCUGGGAUAAUCACUUCAACUCAGACCUCGGACUCUAUUGGCAAGUUCCCGUCUGGGAUGCCACCGAAUGCACAGCUGCAUCCUACCAAACGAGUGAUCCUUAUCAUGGUGGUGCCGGGUAUAGGCCAACCAUUAACGGAUAUCAGUAUGGAGACGCUCGGGCUAUAGCAUCCUUGGCCACCUUGAAGGGAGAUACAGCCUUGGCUUCCGAAUAUACGAGCCGGGCCAACGCCCUGCAGACUGCAAUGCAGAAUCAUCUUUGGGAUAGCCAGCGUCAGUUCUUCAUGCAUAUGCAGCGAGACAACAACACCUCUGAGCAGCUGCUCACCACUCGUGAAAUCAUGGGUUACAUACCGUGGAUGUUUGACAUGCCGCAAUCCUCUAAUAUCGCCGCCUUUUCCCAGCUAAAGGACCCCCAGGGCUUUGCGGCCACCUACGGACCUACCACUGCUGAACGACGAAGCCCGUAUUACAUGGACAAGAAUGCAAGCUGCCUUCAAUGGGAUGGUCCAUCAUGGCCCUACGCUACCUCACAAACCCUUACCGCUGUGGAAAGUGUACUACACGACUAUCCGGUGCAGUCAUAUAUUUCUACGGCCGAUUACUUCAGCCUUCUUCUUGGCUACGCCGCCACCCAGUAUAAGAAUGGCGUGCCUUAUGUCGCUGAAGCUCAUGAUCCCGACGCCAAUACAUGGAUGUACGACACUUAUAACCACAGUGAAGACUACAACCAUUCCACCUAUAUCGACAAUGUCAUUGCCGGGCUCCUUGGUCUACGCGGGCAAUCCAACAAUACUCUCACAGUCGAUCCUCUCGUGCCGUCUUCGUGGGAUUACUUUGCGCUGGAAAACGUUGCAUACCAUGGCCACAACGUAACAGUAGUAUGGGACAAGAGUGGUCAGCGCUACAGCCAGGGCUCGGGUCUGAGAAUCUUUGUCGACGGGGCUCUCGCGGGCAAUCGUGAUACAAUAGGCUUGAUCACUGUCGACGUCGGCAACACAGUUGCCCAAACCAUCAACUCGCAAGUCAACAUCGCAGCCAACAGCCAGCAAUUCUCACAGGGAGCAACGCCAUUUGCAUCCUACACCUCGCCGUAUGACAGUAUCUGGAGGGCUGUCGAUGGCAUGGUGUUCCGCACCGCCGUGCCCCAGAACACCCGUUGGACGUCGUACAACAGCCCCAAUGCUCAAGAUUAUUUCGGCGUAGAUCUUCGACAGCCGCAGGCAGUUUCCAACGUCCGGCUGUAUUUCUACACCGAUGGCGGUGGCGUCCAAUUGCCCUCGAGUUACGAUCUCCAGUAUCUUUCUGGAAGCACCUGGACCACAGUCCCCGGCCAGCAACGCAGCUCAGCAUCUGCCACGUCAAACACAUUGACUCAAAUCACCUUCCCAACAAUCACCACAUCGCAGCUACGAGUCGUGGCCCCCAACGCCGGCGGCGGAACGGGCUGGGGUCUUUCCGAGUUUGAGGUGUGGACCGCAGCCAUAUACAAGAUACAGAACAAGAACAGCGGCAAGCUCAUGGCUGUUCAAAACGCAUCGACGGCCAACAGCGCCAACAUCCAGCAAUUCGAUGACAACGGCACGCGGGACCAUCUGUGGGAGUUUGUCAAGGCGCCUGGUGGGUGGUACAAGAUUAAGAACGUUAACAGCGGGCUCUUGCUUGCCGUGCAAGGGGCGUCAACUUCCAAUAGUGCGCAACUUCAGCAGUAUCAGGACAAUGGAACCGACGACCAUCUCUGGCGGGUGCAGUCCAACAGCGAUGGGUACUUCUUGAUACAGAACAAGAACAGCGGGCUGGUGGCUGGAGUUGAUGGAGAAUCGACGGCUAACAGCGCCAAUGUUGUCCAGUAUCAGGAUAAUGGGACUCCGGACCAUUUAUGGAGCUUGCUUGCAGCUGUUCCUGCUAGUUGA